UUGCUGCCGGCCUUUUACUCAAAGAGGAUGUAUCAUCAUAUGUUUGGCUGUUGACGCGCUUUAGGAAAGCAAUGGUAAGACCCCCAACAUUAUUCAUAACCGAUCAAGAUCCUUCCAUGCGUAUUGCUAUUGAAAGAGUAUUUCCGGAGUGCCGUCACAGAUAUUGCAUGUGGCACAUCAUGUCAAAAGUUACUGAGAAGGUUGGCCCAAUUCUAAGUCACAAUGAUGAGUUCUUAAGUAAGCUUAAUGCCGUGGUUUGGACUAAUUAUCUAGAACCCGAUGACUUUGAAGUGAAAUGGAAAGAAAUGGUAAUUGAGUUUUCCCUUGAAAAUCACAAAUGGUUUUGUGAUAUGUUUGAUUUGAGGAGAUUCUGGAUUCCAGCGUUUUUCCGAGAUUUAUUUAUGGGUGGUUUGCUUCGAACAACUUCCCGCUCAGAAAGUGAGAAUAAUUUUUUAGUGAAUUCACGAACCCUCAUUUUAGUUUGGUUGAGUUUUUCAUGCACUUUGAGAGUGCUAUGGAUGCACAACGUCACAACAAUGAAAAACUAAAUGAUAGUUCUGAAAGUUACAUUCCUGUUUACAAAACCCCACUAUCGUUGGAGAGGCACGUUGCACAGGUAUAUACUCUCUCUAUUUUUUAUGAAGUCCAAGCUGAGAUUUGUUCCGCUUGUUUUGGUUGCCGUGUGUUAAGUGUCAAUGAAAAUGAUGGGAACUUAGAUUAUGUCAUUAGUGAUGAACACAACAUGGUUUUUAAGGUGUCUUUUGUUGUUGGUGAUGUCCAAGCAAAAUGCAGUUGUAAAUAUUUUGAACGGAUUGGCUUGGUUUGUAGACAUCUUUUUGUUGCUCUUAAAGAUCUUAAGUUGGACCGCAUUCCCCAGCAUUUCGUCACUACGCGUUGGUGCAAGAAGGGGCUGAAUAUUCCGUUUUGUGAUAUUGGGGAUCCUGUGAUCGAAAAUUGUGUUGGAAAGCAACAAAAUGAAGUCAAUGUGAAUCAACUUUGGGCUGAUUUCUACACUUGUGUUGCACUAGCAGAGAAAGAUGAGUCCAGGUUUCAAGCUUUUUCAAAGGUAAUCAAAGAGCAAAAAAAACUUCUCAGUCUGGAGGAUAAAAAUGCGAUGCCUGCUUCUACAAGAAAGCAGGCUGUUAUUGAGUCGUAUUAUGGGUCUACUGCACCUGUGGAAGUCACUGUUUUCCCUCCAAAACAGGCCAAAAACAAAGGAUCAGGGCGGAGGAUUAAGGGACCCAAAGAGCUUUCGAUUGAAGUAAACAACCGCCCAAAAAGAUUGUGUAGGUCGUGUAAUGCGUUAUGUAACCAUGACAGUCGAAAUUGCCCUUUGAAAACACAAGAUUGAGUGAAAUCUUGUAUUUCAUAUUUACAUUGUUCUAUGCUUUUGCAGUACAAUUUUCUUACGUUGAUAUGAAUUACUUAUAUGGUGUGUUGCACUUUAUAUUUUUUUAAGGUAGUUGUCGAUUACUUGAGGUUACUCUUUUUUUUUUUUACACAUUACAUACACCUCCAGUGUUUUCAUCAUUUUUUUUAUACUUAAUGAAGCUUAU